CAGAUUAUCAUUUCGGCUCACGUCACAUUAUCUUAUCUGCACACCUUCUCACCAAUUAUUACAACGAUCUUUGUCGGUCGCACAAUGCUUGCUUAGGUCCUACUGAAACUGAGAUCUGACACUGCGUUAUCAAUGGAGUUGGAUAUUGCGUCCGAAUCACCAUUCAACAUUACCACUAUUGCUCAUGCAUUGCUGGGAACCUGCACUAAUGAAGAUCAAGCAUCUUCAGAAGAUACUUACGCGGACUGAGGGAGAACCUACAUGUUACCUGUGGUUCAAUGAAGGCGGUGGCGUUGUGGACACGCACAUGAAGAUUGGUACUCCCUGCCACUUUCGUGCUUGUGCUUACGGAGAAGGAUGUGAUGGAUGUCUCACUGAUUUGAUUCCUGUGAAAGAACGUACCAACCCCCGAUGGGUUGAUACAUCGCAGAACCUCGCAGUUGCCAACUUCAACGCCGUUGAUCAUACCGGUGCGCCAUUGCCUGAGGCUCUGCUACCACAGACUCUGAAUGGGGUGACCAUUGAUGUCGCUUUCACUUUACGUGAUUGGAAGUUUGGUCACAAUACUUUGGACCCCGAAUACGCUUUCCCCUUACAUUCCGGUUUCCCCAGUCAAUGCGGUAGCAGCAGGUUUUUCUCAAAUGAUAACACUGCCUCCCCUCCUACCCCCAACACUCUCAUCACGACCCCGCGUCUUAGUUUUACCCGUCCACCUCCUCGGAACAAGGUCAACCUCUUCGGCCCCAAUGGAAGUGGAAAGAGCUCGAUCCUCAACAUGCCCUCCCAAUUGCGAGUUUCAAACUACCAGAACCACUGUGUAGAGGAUGUACAUUUUUUCUUCUAUGAAGACUUGUGUCAACAGAAGAUUCAGAUCGUCCUUGUUGUGACCGCUUUAGAAGACGAAGAUCUAGAUAUGGAGACAUGCUGGUUGGGGAAUAAGGCAUCCUUUGCAAAGUAUGGGAUGUUCUUCUAUGGCCAUGUUUGCGGGACCACAUACAAGGGAAUUUUCGUGGUCGGUGACUCCCUUUUGAUGAUUGGUGUUGGCUCAAGAGUAUGA